UCCAAGCCGGCGCUCUCCAUGUACCGCGCACUGCCCGACGGCGAGAUUGCCAUUGAGGAGUUUGAGCGGUUUGCCAUGGACCGCCUGCGUGUGCUCAAGGGCAUUGAGGACCUGAAGGUCAAGGGCUUCCGAUUCGAUCAGAUGGAGCCCAAGAUUCUGGAGCUGUAUGAGCAGCACAUGGGGGGCGCCACCAGCGAGGAGCGGCACCGCAAGGACAUCAUCUCCCACUUUGUGCUGCGCCUGGCCUACUGCAGCACAGAUGAUCUGCGGCGCUGGCUGCUGGCCCAAGAGUGCGACCUCUUCCGCGCCCGCUUCAAUCAGAUGCUAGCUGACGAGCAGGUGCCGCAGGAGUUUAGUGAGGAGCUGCGGGAGAAGCUGCUGCAGGUGCUGAUGAGCCUGCCCGGGGUCAAGGCGACGGCGGGCAUGGUGACCGCCGACAGCUUCUACAAGGUGCCCUUUGAGCAGGUGCCAGACCUGGUGGCCAGCCGGAGGGUGUACCUGCAGGCGGGCUUUGCCUAUGUGUCCCGGGACCAGAUGAGCUCACUGGUGAUACAGCCCUUUAGGGCUGCGCUCAGCAAGGCGCUGACGGUGACGGCGCGGCGCUGGGAGGUGGUGGUAGCGCCGGGGGAGGCCGACCGGCUGGCUCCCAUGGUGCAGAGCCUCAGCAGGCGCUACCUGGGCCCCGACUUUUCAAACCGGGAGGUGGAUGACGACAAGCGCCCCAAGGCCGCCGACAUCCCCAGGCUGGCCCGCGAGUCCUUCCCGCUGUGCAUGGCAACCAUGUAUGAUGCGCUGCACGAAAAGCACCACCUCAAGCACGACGGGCGGCUGCAGUUUAGACUGUUCCUCAAGGGCAUCGGGCUGCCUCUGGAUCAAGCGCUGCACUUCUGGCGCACCGAAAUGGCGCCGGUGACCCCCACCGAGAAGUUCACAAAGGAGUACGAGUACGGCAUCAAGCAUAGCUACGGCAAGGAAGGGAAGCGCACCGACUAUACGCCCUACACCUGCGCCAAGAUCGUCUCCUCCAUCCCCGGCGUGGACCAGGUGCACGGCUGCCCGUACCGCACCUUCAACCAGCAGAGCCUGCGCAGCGCGCUGGGGCGCCUGCAGGUGUCGCCCGCUAAGAUAGAGGAGGCGGUGGGCAAGGCGGCGGCGGGGCACUACCAGCUGGCCUGCGCGGCGGCCUGGGAGGGCAAGCAUGGCUGCAGCUGCGACUCCGGGAUCAACCACCCCAACCAGUACUUUGAGGAGAGCAGGAAGGCGCUGCAG